GCGGCAGCUUUACGUCAUGAGCGAAGCUGUGACAGUAUGAUGGUUGCGUGCGUUUCACCUUCUAGCUAGCCUGUGGUAUCAGGAAUCAUAACAUUUAGCAUAUUCCUCGUCAUAACUUAUUUUUCCUCAUAACAGUAUCUCUCAGAGCUCCAUCAUGGUGAAGGAGCAAUUUAGAGAAACAGAUGUGGCAAAAAAGAUUAGCCACAUCUGUUUCGGGAUGAAAUCCGCCGAACAGAUGCGUCAGCAAGCUCACAUCCAAGUGGUCAGUAAAAACCUGUACAGCCAGGACACCCGGCAUACCCCGCUGCCUUACGGAGUGCUGGAUCAUCGUAUGGGCACUAGUGAGAAAGAUCGGCCUUGUGAAACUUGUGGGAAGAAUCUGGCGGACUGCCUAGGACAUUAUGGAUAUCUGGACCUGGAGCUGCCCUGUUUUCAUGUGGGGUAUUUUAAGGCGAUCAUUGGGAUCUUGCAGAUGAUCUGCAAAACGUGUUCCCAUAUCAUGCUCACCAAAGAGGAGAAACAACAGUUCCUGGAUGUUUUGAAGAGGCCCAAUCUGGCCUACUUACAGAAACGUGGCCUGAAAAAGAAGAUUUCUGAUAAAUGCCGCAAGAAAACAAUCUGCUUGAACUGCUCAACCUUCAAUGGUCCGGUGAAAAAAUGUGGGUUACUGAAGAUUAUCCACGAGAAAUACAAGACAACCAAGAAAGUAGUGGAUGCUGUUGUGUCAGAAUUCCUCCAAUCAUUUGAUAUUGCGAUAGAACACAAUAAAGAAGUGGAAUCCUUACUGACAAGGGCGCAGGAGAACCUGAACCCUCUGGUGGUGCUGAACCUGUUCAAGAGGAUCCCAUCGGAGGACGUGCCCCUGCUGCUCAUGAACCCAGAGGCAGGGAAACCUGCGGACCUGAUCCUGACCCGGCUGCUGGUUCCCCCUCUCUGCAUCCGCCCCUCUGUCGUCAGCGACCUCAAGUCCGGCACCAACGAGGACGACCUCACCAUGAAGCUCACCGAGAUCAUCUUCCUCAAUGAUGUCAUCAAAAAGCACCGCGUGUCUGGAGCCAAGACGCAGAUGAUCAUGGAGGACUGGGACUUCCUCCAGCUCCAGUGCGCCCUCUACAUCAACAGCGAGCUGUCGGGCAUCCCGCUCAACAUGGCUCCCAAGAAGUGGACCAGAGGCUUCGUGCAAAGACUCAAAGGGAAACAAGGGCGAUUCCGAGGAAACCUUUCUGGAAAGCGAGUGGAUUUCUCUGGCAGAACGGUAAUCUCUCCUGACCCUAACCUGCGCAUUGACGAGGUCGCUGUGCCGGUCCACGUGGCUAAAAUCCUGACUUACCCAGAGAAGGUGAACAAGGCCAACAUGGACAUGUUGAGGAAGCUGGUGCGGAACGGGCCAGAUGUGCAUCCAGGAGCCAACUUCAUCCAGCAGCGCCACAUGCAGAUGAAGAGGUUUCUGAAGUAUGGCAACCGAGAGAAGAUGGCUCAAGAGCUGAAAUACGGAGACGUGGUGGAGCGACACAUGAUCGACGGCGACAUCGUUCUCUUCAACCGCCAGCCGUCCCUGCACAAGCUCAGUAUUAUGGCCCACAUUGCCAGAGUGAAGCCUCACAGAACCUUCCGCUUCAACGAGUGCGUGUGCACGCCGUACAACGCUGACUUUGACGGGGACGAGAUGAACCUGCACCUCCCGCAGACGGAGGAGGCCAAGGCCGAGGCCCUGGUUCUGAUGGGGACUAAAGCAAAUUUAGUCACCCCCAGAAAUGGAGAGCCUCUGAUUGCAGCGAUUCAGGACUUCUUGACAGGGGCCUACCUUCUGACUUUGAAAGAUACUUUCUUUGACAGAGCAAAAGCCUGUCAGAUUGUUGCCUCUAUUCUUGUUGGAAAAGAUGAAAAGAUCAAAGUUGCACUCCCUGCUCCGGCAAUCUUGAAGCCCGUAACUCUAUGGACAGGUAAGCAGAUCUUCAGCCUCAUUCUGAAGCCCAGCAAGGACUGUCCUGUCAAAGCCAACCUGCGCACGAAGGGCAAGCAGUACUGCGGGAGAGGAGAGGACCUCUGCUACAACGACUCCUUCGUGGUGAUUCAGAACAGCGAGCUGAUGUGUGGCAGCAUGGACAAGGGAACCCUGGGGUCCGGCUCCAAGAACAACAUCUUCUACAUCCUCCUGCGGGACUGGGGUCAGAUGGAGGCGGCCAACGCCAUGUCGCGCCUGGCCCGGUUGGCUCCCGUGUUCCUGUCCAACCGAGGGUUUUCGAUUGGGAUCGGGGACGUGACCCCAGGCCAGGGCCUGCUGAAGGCCAAGCAGGACCUCCUGGAUGCAGGGUACAAAAAGUGCGAUGAGUACAUCGAGGCACUGAACUCCGGCAAACUGCAGCAACAGCCAGGAUGCACCGCUGAGGAGACCCUGGAGGCUCUGAUUCUGAAGGAGCUGUCGGUGAUCAGAGACCACGCGGGCAGCGCCUGCCUGACUGAGCUGGACAAAAGCAACAGUCCUCUCAUCAUGGCCCUGUGUGGCUCCAAAGGGUCCUUCAUUAACAUCUCCCAGAUGAUUGCCUGUGUCGGUCAGCAGGCCAUCAGCGGGUCCCGGGUCCCCGAUGGCUUUGAGAACCGCUCGCUGCCGCACUUUGAAAAGCAUUCGAAACUUCCCGCAGCGAAGGGUUUUGUAGCAGACAGCUUCUACUCUGGGCUGACACCCACCGAGUUCUUCUUUCACACCAUGGCUGGGCGAGAGGGCUUGGUGGACACUGCUGUCAAAACGGCUGAAACUGGGUACAUGCAGAGACGUCUGGUGAAGUCCUUGGAAGACUUGUGUUCUCAGUAUGACCUCACUGUGCGAAGCUCCACUGGUGACAUCAUCCAGUUCAUAUACGGAGGAGAUGGCCUGGAUCCGGCAGCGAUGGAGGGCAAGGAUGAACCACUAGAGUUCAAGAGGGUUCUGGAUAACAUCAGAGCUGUGUAUACGUGUUCAGACCAGCCGGCUCUGAGCAGGAACGAACUGGUGCUGACGGCUGAGUCUAUUAUGAAGAGGAGUGAUUUCACCUGCUGCAGAGACAGCUUCCUGGAGGCAUUAACUGAAACAGGCUCUGAAAAGUAUUUUGAGGAAAUCAGGAAAUUCAUCAAGAAUGUUUCAGAAAAGAUCAAGAAGACCAGGGACAAAUAUGGCAUCAAUGACAAUGGUACCACUGAGCCUAAAGUGCUUUACCAGCUGGACAGGAUCACACCAACACAACUGGAGAAGUUUCUGGAGACAUGCAGGGACAAAUAUAUGAGGGCCCAGAUGGAGCCUGGCUCCGCCGUCGGGGCCCUAUGCGCCCAGAGCAUCGGGGAGCCCGGCACACAGAUGACCCUGAAAACCUUCCACUUUGCUGGGGUCGCCUCCAUGAACAUCACCCUGGGGGUUCCCCGAAUCAAGGAGAUAAUCAAUGCCUCUAAAAAUAUCAGCACCCCCAUAAUCAGCGCGCAUUUGGAUAUUGUGGAUGAUGCAGACUUUGCCCGCCUGGUGAAGGGGAGGAUUGAGAAGACCCUUCUUGGAGAGAUUUCAGAGUACAUUGAGGAAGUGUUCCUUCCCGACGACUGCUUCAUCCUCGUCAAGCUGUCACUGGAGAGAAUCCGCCUCCUUCGCCUGGAGGUCAAUGCCGAGACGGUGAGGUACUCCAUCUGCAUGUCAAAGCUGAGGGUGAAGCCAGGAGACAUCGCUGUCCACGGAGAGGCUGUGGUGUGCGUCUCCCCGCGGGAGAACAGCAAGAGCUCCAUGUACUACGUCCUGCAGACUCUCAAAGAAGAUCUUCCCAAGAUUGUGGUCCAAGGAAUACCUGAAGUGUCCAGGGCUGUCAUUCACAUUGAUGAGCAGAGCGGCAAACAGAAGUACAAGCUUUUAGUAGAAGGCGACAAUAUGCGAGCCGUCAUGGCCACCCAUGGCAUUAAUGGCAGUAAAACCACCUCUAACAACACAUAUGAGGUUGAGAAGACCCUUGGCAUUGAAGCUGCAAGGUCAACCAUAAUCAACGAGAUUCAGUACACGAUGGUGAACCACGGGAUGAGCAUCGAUCGGAGACAUGUCAUGCUUCUGGCAGAUCUAAUGUCCUAUAAGGGUGAGAUCUUGGGCAUCACUAGAUUCGGCCUGGCCAAAAUGAAGGAAAGCGUCUUGAUGCUGGCCUCCUUUGAAAAGACUGCCGAUCAUCUCUUUGAUGCUGCGUACUUUGGACAGAAAGACUCUGUCUGCGGUGUAUCCGAAUGCAUCAUCAUGGGGAUUCCAAUGAACAUUGGAACAGGACUUUUCAAGCUGUUGCACAAGGCAGACAAGGACCCAACACCACCCAGAAGGCCCCUGCUCUUUGAUAACAGUGAAUUCCACAUAUCGCUAAUCACAUAGUGCUACCGUCUGUCUGGUCUGGUCCAGCCUCUGUAACUGGUCUGUAGAGCUUUUUUCUCAGUCUAUCCAUGACCGUGAAAAUGACUGCCUGAAGGAAUGUAAAACCAGGUACUCUGUAAGCCAAAAAGGGCUUUGCUGAAAAGUAGAUAUUUCUUUUCAAAGGUCUCACUUGCUUUUUACAUGAUUACAUGUUACAUUACAAGCCUUUCUGAAAUCAUGAUUAGCUCUGGUUUUCAAACGUGAAAGCACUACAUGAAAGCUAUCAUUACUCAAAAGGUAUAAACUCCAGCUACGUAAGGAUUAGCAGAAAAAACUGUGUUGGGGUUGUUAACACUCCUAUAAUUAGUUUAUUCAGUUUAGAUAAAAAUCUAAAACCUCUUUUCAAGUUGUAAUUGAGGCAUCAUUUUGAAAUUAUGAGCUCAUUCGAAUAAGGUGUGUGUAGUUAAUUUUGUAUUUUUUUUUUUUUUUGGCCAGAAAUAAUUUUUCAAAUUCAGAUUAUUUCCAUCGUGAGUUAUGGUUGCCCUUUAAAUUAAUGUUCAGAAUGACCACACUUUACAUUGUAUUUUUGGGGAAAUGGAAUUAAGUCAGUAAGAUGUUUUAAAUAUCAUUUGGGCUGAUAUUAAUAGAUUUAAUUUCAUAUGGUCAAAGCUAAUAAAUAUGACUUCAGUUCUUUAAAACAUGCGUACAGUAAGCUGCAGCUGCUUCCCCGAAAUCUCAUUACCCCAGCCUUCUUUGUGCAGUUUCUUUGGGUUAUCAUCAAUGUGCUUAAUGCAUUUAAUGUAUUAUUUACCUUCAUUGGCACUUACACAGGGAUCAGGUUGAGUUUCGCAUUGGAAAUGGAUUGUCUAUAUUUCUGUCCUUUUUAUCUUGCAGUCAAACACACAGAAAUUUGACAUGUUAUGCAAGACAUUAUGUAAGGGUACCUAUGUUGUUUAUUUUCCUCAUUUCAUUCAAAGUUGAAACUCCAAAUUGCUGUCAAAAGGUUUUCACUGUAUAUUUUCAAAUGUGUCAGUUGUGAAUAAAAUGUAAUUUAAUAAAAUGUGAAAAAAAGAUUUCA